AUGCUGACAUGUCUUGCAGUGUGCAAUGGCACCAUUACCCUUGAUAGCUCGACCCAGCAAUACGUCAUCCAAUCCGGAGACACCCUGACGACCAUUGCGCGCCAGUUCAACCGCGGCAUCUGCGAUAUCUUCUAUGCGAACAACCUCACCAACCCGGACGUCAUCAUCGCCGGCAACACGCUCGUAAUUCCCCCGCAGGUGUGCUUCCCGGAUAACACAUCUUGCCUGGGGUCAACUACGCCGACGGCCACGUGCAUUCCGGGUGGACCGGGCUUCUACAUUGUGCAGAGCGGCGACACGCUGUCGGCCCUGUCCACCCUGUUCAACAUCACCCUCGACUCGAUUAUCCAGGCCAACCGCCAGAACAUCCCCAACCCGGACUUGAUUCAGAUUGGCCAGGUCGUUAACAUUCCUGUGUGCCCCGGUACACAGUGCAACAUCAGUCCUUACACAAUCAAGGCCGGCGACGUGUUCGUGAAACUCGCCAAGCAGUACCUGACGUCGGCAGGCCAAAUCCUGGCACUUAACCCGGGAGUCAACCCGAACACGCUGCAGCCUGGCCAGGUCAUCACUUUGCCGAGUUAUUGCGGCGUCAUUCCCUGA